AUGCUCUUGAACUUAUUCGUAUUUUUAGUUAUUGGCAUGUUUCUAAAGUGCAUCAAGAGAAAAUGUCAGUUGAUUUCUGAAGACGUGCAACAGACACUGGGUAGUCUCACAAAUGUCGGCGAAUACGUUAUCGAGUUGGCUGACAAUGUUGCGCCAACUAACCUCACUAGAAAGUUUGUCGUGCUCAGUAACACCAUUGGAAAGUAUUUGGAAGGACCUAAAUUACAACCACGCAAUGAAUUAACUUUGUCAACUCGUGUGGAAUUGGAAGACCUCGUCGUGGUUGUUCCAAAAAAAUAUUCAAAGCUGGAUGAUUUAAAAUAUGCCAAAAAAUUUUUUACAUCAAGUGUUGAAAUUUUAAAAACCGUUGUUACGGUCACCGCUAUGAUUGAGAGGUGUUCUAAGUAUACAGGAAUCUUUAUGUCCGAGUAUGUACAACUAGCUCUGGGUUCAAUCAUGACACUUGGCGGAAUUGUCAUCGGGUGGCUGCUUAAACCAUCGGAAGGGCUGAAUGAGAAAAUGGGUGAACUCAAUAAGGAGUUUGAAAAAAUUUCAAAGAAUAUGAACUCUCGGUUGGAAGAUCUCCAAUCGUCCAGGUUUUCACCAGAGUUUUUCAAGGAAGCGGCAACAGCAGUAACAUUGAUGACGUACAUGCAACGGACAAUCUCGCAUCCAAGCAAAGAGAACAUACGUAAUUUUCUGAGAGAGUGUGAAAAAACGUCGCCAGGGCAUUUGGGUCUUAAGCUCGCACACAUGCUGCGUGACACAUCAACAAAUCCUUUGAAAAUGGCCAUGGACGCACAAAAAGUGCCAAAGAAGGCAGUUUUCGAAAAAUGGAGAGAGACACUCGAUGCCGUGCUUACUCAAUGUCUUGUCCUUGAAGCGUUUUACAACGGAAUGCGCGGCGGAGGUAAAGAUGAAAUGGAUAUGUUGAACUACAAGAUCAAGGAACAUAAGGAACAAAUAGUCUGUCUACGUGCCAUGUACAAUAGCAGAACAACUUACUGGGCGUAUAUGCAAAAUAUGAUUCACCACGUACAGGACGUGUUUGCAGUGUGUUCAAAUGAGAGCAAAGCGGGAAUUUUGAAGGACACACUGGAGGAGAUCAUGACAAACGACGCUUUCUACAUAAUCGUCUUUGACUAUAUGAGUUUGUUUGGACAAUUCCUCGGCGUUUACAAAUGCUAUGGAUUCAGUUAUGCCGACGAGAAAAAUGUUCUUUCAUCAUACAAUCGUGGUAACUGCAAUGUUGUUCUCUUCCGGAGCGUGGGAUUUCAACGACAAAAAACAUAUUCACAACAAUUGAGAACGCUGCUGAUUACUCAUCAACCCACACUGGUCAACAUGCCUCUGUACAGUUGGAUUUUUCAAAAUAAUUACUUGUACACAACUACUGCAACGAAAGACAUUCGAGCAAAACUCGGCAGCAAUUGUGGUUUCGUCGGAAUUGUCUGUGUGGCUCAGAAGCCGUGUGUAGAAUGGGCAAACUGCGAUUUUGAAUUCGGGCCUGGACAUUUCACAACUGAAGUACUUGAACCGAACAAUGAUGCUUACGAGUUCUCCAAGUAUCUGAUGAUUGCAGGAAUUUGCUGAAUACUUUUGAAAACAAGUUUUACUGUGCACUUCUGUAUGUUUUAAUGUAAACUCAAUUUUUUUUUCUAGCUUUUGUGUUUUUCAUGUAAUGCAGCAUUUGUUAACUUGCUUCCCAGAAUAAAGACUGUCAAAUCAA